AUGGCGUAUGAGGACGUGGGAGCGACGGCAGAUGGUGGAUUGAGCUCGACAUGGCACAGCUCGAAAAAAAAGAGCCAGAAAACUUUUGAUUUCGUCAUGGGGAUGGGGCGGAAAGCUCCUCCAAAAAUGAUACUGGAUGUGGAGCGAAAGUUUCGCAUACCAUUAGGUCAGAAGCAGUUCAAAUUGGUAUGUCCGGUAAUAGCCAAUGAUAAGGACAUGUUAAUGAUACAAUGGACGAAAAAUGGAGAGCAGGUGGAAUGGGAUUCGCGUUAUAAGCUUGCCAAGGACGAUCGUGAACUUCGAAUGAAAACGGUUAGGCUUGACGAUAGCGGUAGAUAUCAAUGUCAAGCCACGAACGGUUUCGGUCAUCGGACGGUUGACUUCACAGUACACGUAUACGAUCCAUCAGAGGAUUCAGUGUCACUCAAAGACGUCAUUGUUCUUGCUGAUUCAACAUCUGCUCCGGCGUGGCUGAUCGACAUGAACCUCGAUUGGUCCUCUCCUAUGCAAAUUAACCGAGGAGGCCGUAUGGAACUGCGAUGUCCAGCGCGAGGAAAUCCUUUGCCGGAAAUUCGAUGGUACAAGAAUAACAUACGCAUCACUACUGACUCUCCACCGCAUAUAGCCUCUUUUGUGGUGGAUCCAGCUGGACUGGAUGAUUCUGGGGACUAUCGCUGUGUUCUUGAGAAUCGUCUCGGUUCAAUUGAGGCCAUCUUCAAAGUAACCGUUGGCGACUUCUUCGAUGACGGCAAGCGGCUGGGGGUUCUUGAUGGCCCAACUGACCAGAUGCCAGAGCCGAUAAUUGAUCAGCCGUACAAUACCACCGUGAGAGUUGGCCACACAGCUCAAUUUCUGUGCAAGGCCAAAUCUGCUCAGAGCCCCUUAAUAAAGUGGCUCAAGGAAGUCGAAGACCCAGUCGCGGUGCGACGUCGCGAUCCAAACGCGACGAUAGUGAACGCGAGCGGUAUGCACCUGUUGGUUCUCGAGCAGACCCAGGUCGAGUCAGUGUCUCGAGAUGGCCCUGAUCAUCUGUAUACGAAUCGACUUGUCAUUCCAAUGGUGACAAAGGAACACGCUGGCCGAUACAUCUGCGUUGUCACCAGCACGCAAGGACAUAUCGUCUACAAAGCCGCUCAAUUGAAUGUCGUGGCUGCCUACGACUUCGGUUCUAUUGGCCUUGGAAUGGACAACUUCUGGUACUUCGUCAUUCCUAUUGCUGUGGUUUUCGUCGGUCUGGUUAUAGGAGCUAUCGCUUGGUUGCGAUGCAAUCAGGAGCCAUCUUCACCCAAAUGCUUGUCAACUAAGCCGCCUCCACCACCACGAAUUCCACCUCCAGUGGCACCGGCAGAAUAUCCGGGAAGUACGCAUCAGUUCACUCAGGAAUACAGUAUAGAAAAAACUAGGUCACCGAUCAUUUUGAACAACUCGAUGUUCCAUCAGAAGUAUCCGAUAGGCAUCGCUACACUUGAUCGCAGCAACAUUCAACGGGCCCAACGAGGCAUGGAUGAAAUGUCAAAUCUUUAUGAUAACAGUUCACCACAGCCAUACUGGACUCAGCAGAUGAUGCAUCGGCCAAUCGCCAGCUCAAUCUAUACGGCGAAUUCCGGCAAUUAUCGAACACUUGAGGUUGGCUAUCCUCAUGCUCGUAACUACCCGUCAAUGUGUAGCGAUGAGUACUCUGAACAAGAACAGCCAUUCAUUACUUACAGAAGAUGA